AUGGCUGGAAGUGAGGCAGUCAAGUCUUCUCCGCCACUGGCCAUGGCGGCCUCACCGACAGAAGAGGAAGUCGCCAGUAUGCACCGCUUCAUCGAGAACGCGCUGGAUCUGCUCGUCAAGGGCAAUGCCAAGAGCUACCAGUACUUGAUCCAGCAGCUAACGAUUGUUCCAGCGCCUGUAACUACUCGACGCAAGAUCUUUCGUGCGCUGCCACGCUGUAUCUCGACAAUGGCACGAGAGCCGAGAGCCUAUCGAGUGCUGCUGGACGUUCUGUUCAAGUUUGACCUGCUGGGAAGCGGAGACAUGCACGAAGUCGAGGACUAUACGACCUUUAUCGUUCAUCUGGUGUCCUCCAAUACAGUGUACGUGGUACCGACGCUCCACAUGCUCGUGCGCAACAUGCGUCGACCGCAAGGCAAAGAGCUAACGCCGGAACUGCAAGCUCUCGCCCAGAAGGAGCAGAAAAAUCAGCUGGGAGCCAAGAAAAUUGCUGUUGCUGAUGGAAUCGCUAUGAAAGGGUCUGUCGGGGAUAUGACGACGCCGGCGACCGUGUGUGCAGCCCCCGAGAGCACGUGUCUGAUUGUAAAUGAACGCAUCCAAGCACGAUUUGAAACAGCACACCACCUGCUCAAGCAUGUGCUCAAACUGGCGCCCACAGCGUCUAAUGUACUCUUCCGUGUCUUGUGCGAGCACUUUCCACACAAACGACUGGACGCAUCUGCACAAGUAGCUUAUUUACGAAAUAUGCUGCGUGUGACAGAGUAUGUUAGCGGGCUACGCGAGCGUGUACUUGGACUGGUGAUUGAUCAGCUCGUGGCGAUUGAUGUGGAGAUUAAGUUGGAUGACAGCGAAGAGGACGUAUUUACGAUGGAUGAUUUUCUCGACGACGAUAUGCUGCCGCCUGACGAUGCUUCGCGCCAAGUGGAUGAAAUGGCAGACAAGCUCGAUCAGAUGAUGGUUGUAAUGUUUGAGCACAUUGAGCAGUCUGCUGCAUCUCUAGCCCCCACGUUGACGUCGCCUGAAGCGACAGGUCUCACGAGUGCUAGCAAUGGUGAAAAAGACGUGGAUGUGCGCCAAGCCGCGCUAGUUUUCAAGUACCUUCUGAAGGUGUUCGAGCAUUCCAUCUUGAACACUCAUCGGUCAAAAUAUCCACAGUUCCUGCUCUUUUACGUGUGCCGCAUGGACCCACAAUUCCAAGACGUUUUCAUCUCUCAACUCUUGGCCUCGUCGCUGGAUCCACAGAUACCGCCUAUCACACGCCAGAGUUGUGGCGCCUAUCUGGCUAGUUUUCUCGCUCGUGCCAAGUAUAUUUCCGUCGCGUAUCUUCAGAAAGCUCUGUACCACUUGUGCAAAUGGCUACAUGACCAGAUGGACAUAUACGAUGCAAAGCACGUGGAGGAGCAGGAUGAGGAAGGAAAUGGGAUGGAUGAUAAUGCUCCUGAGAAAGCGAAAGAUGUGCUGGAGGAGAGCGAGGAAAUGGGGAACGCCGGGCAGCGCGUCUUUCAAGAGAGUAUCUAUAUCUCCUCGCUGCAGACUGCGUGCUAUAUGAUUUGCUUCAGAGGAUUGGAGAUUGCCACUAGCGAAGACGGUGACGGCUACGAAUUUCUGCGCAGCCUUGGCUGGGAGCGACUGAUCGUCACAAGCAGUGGAUAUUGUCCAUUGGCGUACUGCCAGCAGACGGUGGCCACGGAGUUUUUGAAUCUGGUGGAGGCUUUUGACUUAGUCUCGGAGGAGUGUCUUGCGCGUGUCGAUCAAACUAUCGGCGCAGUCUCUGCGACAAGCAGGGAGACCACCAAGUCGAUGGAGCGUCUUAAGAAGCCCACAGCGGGGUCAGCUCCUGCUUCUAUUGUGCUGGGUCAACGCCAGCCUCUUGAGACUUUUUUCCCGUUCGACCCGUACCUCUUGCGCCGAUCUUUUCGAUUUGUUGGCCCGUUGUACCUAUACUGGAAGCACGCUGAUCCAACGUCGAGCGAAAAUGGCGAGUUGUUGGAGUCUGUAAAGGCUACUGUCCGGCAAAUGCAGCAGGAUGUAGAGGAGGAAGAUGAUGACAGCGGAGUGGAAGAAAAUCUGGUAGACGAAGACGUGAGCAUGGCUGGAAGCGCACCCAACCCGCUGGAUCUAUCAGAUGCAUCUUAUUGCGCUGAUAGCUACAUGGGCAGUCUCCAUCGGUCUCGCAAUAUGUCGAUGAAUUCGUCCAAUGAAGAUGAGGGCUUUGUCGAUGAGGACCUCGCACCUGCCAAACGCAUACUGCCGUCCCGCACAAUGUUUGACCCGUCUCCAGCUCUUUCGGCUAGCUCACCUCCAUCAAGACUUCCCCCGCUAGGGUCAACUGAUGCUUUCACACUUUGCGGUUUCGAUAAUGACGAUGAGGAUAACGGAUUCUAG